UUACGGAGAAGAACUGUGAGCAGGACUUCGAGUGACACUGAGUGAAUACCCAAGAGCUACUGUCACCUCCUCACAAGACGUCAACAAUGGACCUCCUUUACAGUGACUACAAUGACAGUGUCUUCUAUGACGACUAUUCUACGCACUAUGACAGUGAAAUCUUCUCAGAGAUAGAACCAGCAUUUCAUCUCUUCUCCACUGUGUGCUCCAUCCUCAUCUUCUGCAUCAGCAUACCUGGAAACAGCUUCCUCCUGUGGGCUCUUCUGAGGGAACGAGCUUGGAAGACCACAUCUCACAUCUUGCUCCUGCAACUCACAAUAUCUGACCUUUGCUUCACUGUGACCCUUCCGUUUAUUGCCUACCAUUUUCUCCAUGACUGGAUCUUUGGGGACUGGGUCUGUAGAGUCGUAAAAGGGGCUCUUUUUCUGGGGCUGAACAGCUACGUGUUGAUCCUCACCGCCAUGACGUUACAUCGUUAUGUUGCCGUGGUCCGUGCUUCGUGUCUGUCUACACCGGCCACCAAAACACUCUGUCUCAUCAUGGCUAGCAUUGUGAUAUGGUUGGUAUGUGCUGCUGUAAGCAUUAAGGUAUCAGUGAAUAGUGAGGUCACGCACUGGCACGGAUUCAUUGAAAAAACAUGUGUACAUUAUUCACUGUUUGAUCCACUCCUUGAGCUUUACGUGCAGAUUGGCCUUUUCUUUCUCAUACCCUUCAUUAUCAUUACAUUCUGCUGUGUCCACAUGUGGGUAACUAUCAAACAGGGCAGGAUGAACAGACAUCGCGAGCCUACAAGAUUGAUUUUAGGGUUAAUUGUUGUUUUUUUCCUUUCUUUGGCACCAUACAAUAUCAUAGCCUUUAUAAUGACCUUGAUGGCAUUUGGUUUUCUGGAAAACGCAGUUCUGUACCGUGUAAAGUUCAUCUUUGAAACACUACUUUUCUUACACUGCUGCCUGAACCCGCUGAUCCAUAUAUUUGGAGCACAAAGGUUUAGGAGGCACCUCCCGAUGCCAUGUGCCACUUCAUCCCAGAGAAGAAAUAGGAGUCAGAGACUCAGUUCAAUGGCAGUCAUCCCUCCACAUGACCAAACACCUCUGUGACCAACAACCAAAUAUCUGUCUGGCUACAUUUUAAGAUUAUGAAUUUCUAAUAUACCAUAUUUAGCCAUACAGUAUGGUUAGAUGUAAUUACUCAUAAGUCAUGACUGUUUGCUAAGCCCCGUCCCCCUUAGUUACUGUUGCUACGCCAAGCUUUCUGUUCUGGCAUGGCAGUUUACGAUAAAUUCUCUGUAAUUUUUAAAACAAUGGACCCUUCAUUUCAAUGGUAGACAAAAGUCAG